AUGUGGCACAUCGGCUGGCUGGUAAGCUGCAUCAAGCACAGCAGGCAACACACGGCGGUGGAUGCCGGAUUGGAUUGGCUGGGGUUGACUGGCCAUCGUGUCAUGUCGCCCAUAUCUCUCCCUCCGUUGCUCAUCUCAACUGGGACACAUACACAGCGAUGUGUGCGUGCGUGCGUGUACAUGUGCGCAGCGCCAUCAAUCACGCCGACAGCGACACGAUGCACGAGAUGUGCGUGCGCGUGUGCGCAUAUGUCGGGAAGAUGCGUUGAUCGACGACGAG